AUGGGAGAGUUUCUAGAUAGUCCAUUUAUCUCUGCAGUGCCCCUGACAAAUAAGAGCUGUCAACUUGCAAAUUUCCCCAAAUCUGGAUGCAGUUACUCUCCAGAGACAUUGCUCCCGCCAUGUGUGGUUGUCAGCCUGCGAUCUGGUCCUCCGGUCUAUUGCGACUAUCUGUUCCGGGCUAAUGUGUUGGGCGUUAUCUACCCACUGUUCCAGGAGUGGUCUGCGGAGAUAAGAAAACCUAUAUAUUUAGCUAUUACACCUUCCAUGUUCCGAGCGAACGCAUCUACCAAACCAUCACCAAAUCCCUAUGACCAUCGAACACUGUCAUCUGCUGGAACGUCGUCUUAUGUCAGCGGCAACAAGCGGAGCACAAAACGUGCCCUGGUCAGUGUUACAAAUGUAGGGCAAUUAAGUGUCUUUCUUAGAACCAAACUCCAUGAUGUUUAUGGGUCGGAUACCGGUUUAUAUUCUACAAGAUUUAAAUUAAGAGGAAAUCUAUCCUUGGAAUAUUGUCAGGCUGUUCCAGAUUCACUUGUAGGAAGACUGAACAUUGACAUUGAUGCGGCACUUCAAUCUGCACCUCCUUCGGAACACCAGGAUGUGUCGCCAGGUGGCGUUUGGAGUCCGAAGAGCUGCGUUGCUAGACAAUGGAUAGCAAUCAUCAUACCUUUUCGUGAUAGGCAGAAACAUUUGGACAUUUUAGUUUAUUAUCUAGUCCCGGUAUUGAAACGACAAAAAGUGUCCUUCCGAGUGUUUGUGGUAGAACAGUACGGCAACAAAACCUUCAACAAAGGUCGGCUUAUGAACAUCGGGUUUACGGAAGCGCGGAAGCAUGAUGAGUUUGACUGCUUCAUCUUCCACGACGUCGAUCUCAUACCGGAAGACGACAGGAAUAUGUACACGUGCUCUGAUAAGCCUCGUCAUAUGUCCCCGGCCCUGGAUAAGUUUAAUUAUACAAUGCUGUACAAGGGUCUGGUUGGUGGGGUACUCAGCUUCCGGGGUAAACAUUUCACCAAAGUGAACGGCUAUUCGAACUUUUACUGGGGCUGGGGCGCUGAGGAUGACGAUAUGCAUAAAAGACUUUUUGCCGCGAAGUUAAGUGUUGAACGGCCCUCAAUCACUAUUGGACGGUAUAAAAUGAUAAAACACGACAGAAAAGAUGUUUCGCCAGUAAGAUUGGACCUUUUAAAAACAUCGAUAGCACGUUACUUAAAAGACGGCCUCAAUACUUUGGAGUACAAAUUGGUUGAAACCCGGCUUGAAAAGUUGUACACACGUAUAAUAGCGAAUGUGGGUGAUCCACCGAAGAAUCAGACAGAACAUCCGCUUUAAAAACACAGAAGUGCUCGAGAUAGUAUUGCCAAUAUUUUGCAUUUUUUCCCUGUACCAUUUAAGAUUGUGACCCCACUGUCAGCUAUGGUACUUUUGUGACUUUGUUUUUUUGUAUUCUUACUGUCCCUUUAAAUAUUUUGACCACACUGCCAACAAUGGUACUUUUAUAGCUUUGUUCCCUGAUAUUUGACUACUGUGUCUUCAAGCAUUGUGACCUCAUUGCCACCUAUGAAAAUUUUAUAACUUUUUUCUCUGAUAUUUUCAUUACUGUGCCUUUAAACAUUGUGACCUCAUUGACACAUAUGAAACUUUUAUAACUUUGUUCUCCGAUAUUUUCAUUACUGUGCCUUUAAAAAUUGUGAAUCACUGCU